AAAAUCGAAGGGCAAAUUAGCCAACAACCUGAUCAUGUUCCUUUUUUUUUCUUCCUAUCACUAGCAUAAAAAAAAUACGAAUCUGAAAAUGCCCUCUCUAUUUUUCGAUUAAUUCAAUUUUUAGGGUUUGAUUUGCAGUCUAAAUUUCUUCUUCUGCUACAAAAAAUGACACUGGAAUAACAAAUCAACCGCCAUUCUUCGCUUCUCUUUGUUCAGCUAUCAGCAAAUUUCCAAUUACAAUCGAACUACAUAAUCUCUGAUUGUUAAAAGAAAUGGAGAAAAGUUUCACAGCUGAAGAUCUAUCCACCAUCGGAGGAAUCGCAACAGUUUCGCUGCUUCAUUCGUUCAUUCCGACGCAUUGGCUUCCCUUCUCAAUUGUUGGGCGUGCCCAGAAAUGGACUCUUUCAAGAACCCUCCUCGUUACUGCUUUUGGGGCAGUUUUACAUGUACUGUCUACUUCACUUCUUGGUAUUACAGCAAUUACCAUAACUAACACAAUUGCUGGAGAAGAAACUGUUCAUAAACUUGCUUCACUUCUGCUUGUAUUUCUUGGUGGUAGUUAUAUAUUAUUGUUUCUCUCUGGAAAAGGCGGCCAUAGUCAUUCUCACAACCAACCAAUGGAAAAAAUGGCUGUUGCAGGCCUCGUCCUUGUUCCUGCAUUAUCCCCGUGUGCUACAACUCUUCCAGUUUUUCUUGCUGUUGGAAAUUCAUCCUCCAUGAUGGUGCUUGCUAUCAUAGUUCUAUUGUUCAGCACCAUUACAGUCAUGACCUCACUCGUGGCUCUAUCGUUCUAUGGUGCUAGCCAGCUAAAGUUUCACUGGGUGGAGCGCUAUGACAAACUUCUUGUCGGUUCAGUUUUAUGUUUGGUCGGAAUCUUAACACUAAUUUUCCACGAUCAUGAUCAUCAUCAUACUGGAGGUUUGUCAGGAGAUCAUUUGCAUAGAAAAAUUCUCGCAUUGUAAGUGCUCUUUAUGUGUUGUAGUAUGUAUUGUGUUUUUUUAUCCUAAUAUUAGUGUUGUAUGGUAUAUCCUCGUCUUCUUUGACGACGCUCUGGUUGUAACUGACGGUUGAUUUUGAGUAAAUCGUUAUUCAAUAUGCUA